GUUAUAUUAUGUUGCAAAGCUCAACACUAUUUUUCGCAAAAUAAAUAUUUGGGGAAAACAGCGAUAAAUAGAAAACCCAGCAUUGUUAGCCUUCCCUUUCUUCUUCUCUCUCCUUUCUGUCUUUUGCUCGUCGUCAAAGAUCUAUCCAAUUUCUGGUGAUCAAGCUUUAAUUUGGUAUUUAAUCGACGCUGAUUAUAAUUGCCCGCCAAAAUUAAAGUUAUAAACUUUAGUUUUUGAUUUAUUGAUGAUAUCAAGUUACAAGAACUAUCAUCUUCAUAUAGACCAAACAUGAAUGAAAGAGAUAUGUUGUGUAGCAGUCAGCGGGCACUUGAUCUAGCAAAUGGACAGCAGAGUCAGAAUCAUCUCCAUCCUGAGCCCUGUAUUCUUUUGGGAAGCACAGCGAGUUACCCCCGGUCACAUAUAAAUCAAGUGUUACCUCCAUCAGGGAAUAUGAACAGCUUUGAUCUCCAUUAUUUACCCGAUCAUGUUGUUAGGCCAGCUUAUUAUGGAAUGACACAGUAUAACCAGCCUAACCAUCCUGCUACAAACCAGCCUAAUUUUUUUAAUGUACACGUGGACCCUGCUUCUGGGGCUAGAGUGUUUCCUGUUCCACUUAACCAUGGAUUUGUGGAUCAUUUACCAUCUUCAAGCAAUCAUGGAGUCAAUAUGGUUCCCUUUCAUGAACAUGGAAGGAGCAAUUACUCAGCAGAAGGUGUUAGAGAGUUAUGUAAGAGAAAAGGUACUGAGGGCAUUCCAGGGAAUGUUCAGCAUUUUGGUGCUUCUGCGGGGCCUAGUAGCUCUUCAGCUGCUCCUAUGGCUGGCUGUCAUUUUGAGUCUGGAACUGCUUCUAUGGAAACACCGCUUCCUUUGCCUGAUUACAGAAGUAAUGGCACUCCGCCAAUGAUGGAAGUAUCAGGAGCAAGGCAUAGAUCUGGUGCUGUUGGGCUUCAUAUGGAUUCUGGUAUGGUGCAAAACUAUAAUAACCAUUUACUCCAAGGAAAUUAUGGGGGUCAGUCUUUUCAGCCAUCUGGUUGCACAUGGUUGGAUCAACACUCAAUCGGCAAUACUGGGGGUUUGCCUUGGAGUGGACCACCCAUGUUGCCCUACUAUCAAGGGGGAAGCUUUUAUGGAGGUUCAUCUGAGCUGGGAAAUGUCAGUCUACCUGGAUACCCUGAGAGAUCUAGUAACCAUGGUUCUGCAAAUUUCUUGCACUCGUCACCUGUUGCUCAACAACACCACAAUCUUCAUCCACCACAGAAUAUUCAAGGUGUGAGAGGGUAUAGUGUUGCUGGUUAUCCUCCUUUUCUGGCAGUUCCAAGUAGAGUUCCACCAAAUGAUGGUAUGCAGCAUGAUGUUUUAUCUAUACCCCAAGAAAACGCAGAACAACCAAACCGACCAACAGGAAUAAGAAUUUAUCGCUCUCAAGGAAGAAGCCUUGUGCCUGAUGUAGCUUCUAGACGUCGUGAUCUUCCUCGUUUAAGGACCUUGCAGGCAGAUAGAGUUGCGCUUCUGGAAUUCCCUAACUUUUACGAAGUUGACUACGAUGUCGAAAACUUCAUUGAUCAUCAUAGGGAUAUGCGUUUGGACAUUGACGACAUGUCUUAUGAGGAGCUUCUUGCUUUGAGUGAACGGAUUGGGACAGUAAGCACUGGGCUUUCUGAAGGAGACAUCAGAUGUCAUCUCAAAACCCGGCGAUACAGUUCUACUGCAGCAACUAUCAAUCUAGAGGAGUUGCCAUCUGUUGAGCAAAACAACGAUUCAUGUAUUAUCUGCCAGGAUGAGUAUGAGAAUAAUGAUAAACUGGGAACUCUAGCUUGUGGACAUGAAUACCAUGUAGAUUGCUUAAAGAAGUGGCUGCUCUUGAAGAACGUAUGUCCAAUUUGUAAAUCGGCUGCCUUGGCUGUUGAAGGAAAGGACUGAAUGAUGGGUAGAGUUGGUACUCUGAUGGAGAUCAAAAAGCUUCUCCUGUUUAUCUAUUUGCUUCAACUAUAUAGAACUUAUAUUGUACUGGUACAUAUAUACUUUUGCAGAUGAACUUGUAUAAAAACCAUUUAUUCAGCGCACCAACUUAUCCGCAGUGCUCUUUACCUGGAAUGUCCCAAACUGUACAGCCAUUUGUAAGCUCUGGUCCUGUAGUUGGGUCUCUUAAUCUAGUAUUUUUGUGAAUAAUCAAGCAUAGUUACUUUGUUCUUGUA